AGUAUGGAAGAUCUUCGGAGCUCGACGUUGAGGUUCUUCUCCGAUCAAGAGCUCUGCUACGCGGAUAUCCUCUCUCCUGCUCAGGCCCUAGCAAGAAUCGAAGUAUCAGUGCUCAAUUUUCUCAAAAUAUUGAAUGCGUCUAAUCCUGCUAUCUCAGAUUUGCCUCUGAUCGAGAGAAAGCCGAGUAAUAGCAGAGCAAGUCAUGGCGUGUUGACAGAAUUAUCAUCAAUAUUCCUCUCCCAUUCCGUUUCUACAAGGUCUUUGAUGAGAUCUAACGCAGUAAGGGCCUUCGUUAGGGUGUGGAAGGUAAUGGAAAUGUGCUAUCAGAUAUUGCUUCAGGAAAAGCGUGUAACCCAGAGGGAGCUUUACUACAAGUUGCUUUGUGAUUCGCCAGAUCUUUUCCCCUCUCAAACGGAUGUCAACAGGUCAAUCCAAGAUGUUGUAGCAUUGCUUCGGUGCAGCCGAUACAGUCUUGGAAUCAUGGCAUCGAGUCGAGGACUCAUAGCAGGCCGCCUGAUUUUGCAGGAACCAGGCAAAGAGACUGUGGAUUGCUCUGUAUCUGGAUCUUCAGGACAUGCGAUUUCCGGUGACCUGAAUUUGUUACAGAACUUGGUUUUAAAGACGGAUGCACGGUACCUUAUAGUUGUAGAGAAGCAUGCGAUAUUUCAGCGGCUUGCAGAGGAUCGUAUUUUUCAUCAAAUUCCAAGCAUUCUUGUCACUGCCAAAGGUUACCCGGAUAUCGCUACUAGAUUUCUUCUUCAUCGACUCAGCCUAGCUUUUCCUGAUUUGCCAAUUCUAGCUUUGGUAGACUGGAAUCCGGCUGGAUUAGCCAUUCUAUGCACCUUCAAAUUUGGGAGCGUAGGAAUGGGCCUAGAGGCGUACAGAUAUGCUUGCAACGUGAAGUGGUUGGGAUUGCGAGCGAAUGAUUUACACAUGCUGCCUGAACAAUCUCUGGUUCCAUUUAAGCCAAAGGACUUGCAAAUUGCUAAAAGCUUGAUGUCCUCAGAAAUCUUGCAGGUGAAUUACAGGGAAGAAUUGGCUUUAAUGGUUCAGCGCGGCAGGAGAGCCGAAAUCGAGGCCUUGCACUUUCAUGGAUACGACUUUUUGGGGAAGUACCUGGCCAAAAAGAUAGUACAGUCUGAUUAUAUAUGAUUGUACUGUACCUGAAUCUCAUGUUGAUAACCAAAAAAGACAAGACA